CUUGUUUCAAGCGUGCACCACUCAAACCUUAGCGGAAUCAAAGCACAGGCUAAACGGGCAACUAAACGCAGACAGAAGGGAAGAAAGAGUUUAAAAACUGGAAAAGGAACAAUAGCGAGAGAAAAAAAGAAAG